AUGGUCGGCACAGACUUUUAUCGUAUUCUUCUAGAUUUUACAACAAGCAGAGACUCCCAUCCAUCAACAGACUCGACCACAAAGUUCAUCGAUUACCGUUACUCGCCUAUCACUGUCGUGAGCAUAGAUCCUCCCACAAUGCAAGCUGAUGCUUCACCUAACGAGCCUCUCAGAGCCAGGCAACUAGGGGAGGGUGUAAUCAAGCUUUACAGAGAUUUCGAAGAUGACGAAGACCCACCAUCGAAGUCUGUGGUCUCCAGCACCAGCGAUCAGACAAUGCUCUCGAUCUUAGCCCUUCCCACAUACUUCACAGCUACCGACCUUCUAGGGUUUAUUGGUGACCACUACAUGGAGAACAUCACCCAUAUACGAAUCCUAAGAAGUGAAAAGGCCAAUCGCUUUUUGGUUCUUCUCAAGUUCAAAGACGCCCUAAAAGCUGCUGAGUUCCAGUACCAUUUUGACGGCAAGGCAUUCAAUUCGAUGGAGCCCGAGGCGUGUCACGUCGUAUAUGUCAAAUCGGUUGAAAGCACUGAACCGCACGAUGUCCCAGCGAAAGACACGCUUAUUCCAUUUUUGUUGGAGGAUCCUUUCACGACACUGCCAGAUGAAAAGUUCACCCCAAUAGAGCUCCCAACUUGCCCAGUGUGUCUUGAAAGGCUUGAUUAUGAAAUUUCAGGCCUCCUCACGAUUCCAUGCCAACACACAUUCCACAGCAAUUGUCUAUCGAAAUGGAGCGACGAUACUUGCCCGAUAUGCCGAUACACCAACGGUGUACUGAACCAAAACAUCAAACGGACUGUGGGAAGACUACAGCAAAUCAAUUCUAGAAUGCAGAUGCAGCAUGGGGCCGAGGAGGGCUCGAGUAGUACCGGUUCUGCCGAUGUCUGUAUGGACUGCCUGGCUACUACCAAUUUGUGGGUCUGUUUGGUAUGUGGUAAUAUUGGUUGCGAUAGAUACGCCCCCGAACAGCAUUCACUCAAGCACUUUGUCGAGACUGGGCAUUGCUUUGCUAUGGAGCUUCACACGUCUCGAAUCUGGGAUUAUGCCGGUGAUAGAUAUGUCCACCGUUUAGUCACAACGGAGGAGGACGGAAAGAUCGUGGAGCUACCUGAAAAGGGGGACGAUCCGAAACAGACGAAAGAUGAUGAUAACGAAGAAUACUCUGAGUUGCUUCUUAGCCAACUCAUAAGUCAACGAGAAUACUACGAGUUAUUGCUUCACGACAGGGGCCAAAAUGGGCAUCCUCGAAACAAUUCGAUUGUCUCUGAAACAAGCUCUACAAAACAUAAAGAGUUGGAGUCCAAGGUUGAUGAGCUCAGCGAGCAGCUCAAAAAGCUCUCCACAAAUGUGAUCCCAGCGUUAAAUCUGAAGAUCGACUUGAAGACGAAGUCGCUACGAAUUGCGGCCAACGAACUUGCAGAAGCAAACACGUUGAAUGAAGGCCUUUCUGCAAAGGUAGAUUUUCUUACAAAAGAAAACCAGGAGCUCAAGCUGUCCAACGAGGAUCUCAAUGAACAAGUGAAGGAUCUCAUGUUCUACUUGGAGGCCCAAGCAAAGUUUAAAGAUCAACCCGCAGAGGUCACUGAAGGCCAGGUGGUGAUGAAGCCAAAGAAAGGAAACAGAAAGAAGAGGUGA